AAAUUAUUUCAUUAACAUACUCUGCAAUUAGGCACUUGCAUAGCUCGGGAAUAUUGUCAUUCAUCGAUCGUUGACUUCUCUGUCGUAAAGUUGAAACAUUUAGUACCUACCUAUUCGAAUCAAAUAACUGAUGUGAUGUUUAUUUCGUCACCGCCUAAAAGUGCUAAAUAGUGAUAAUUGUUUUUGUGGAAAUUUUAAAGUAUAACUUAUUGUUCAGACAUAUUAUACCAUUUUUUUUUAAAAGAAGCUGUAAAAAUUAAAUAUUUUUAUCUGUUUUGAUUAAAUUUGCUUGAAUCUGCUAUUGAUCUAAAUACUAGUUAUUAAAAGCUAACUACUAAUCAAUUAUACUUUGCAAUAAAAAUCACAUAAUAUCUUAAAGGCAUGAAGGGCCCUGCAAGACCCGCUCCAGCAGUACCUGCAAUAACAGACAAUCGCUACUCAUCAGUAACCAAUUGGAAUGAUGAUCCAUUUGGUGCUGAUGUAUUUGAACCUUCACCCCAGUACACACAAAAGAAGAAACCACCACCACGUCCUCCACCACCCAAAAUAAAUUCUAAUCGACCUGAUAUUUCUACAAGGCCCUCACAUUUUAUAAGGAAGCCAACAGUUUACACAUCAUUGAUGUCACGUAAGAAUAAUAGAACUGUUAAUAAUCCUAGUCCAAAUUUUACUCAACAGGAUGUGUUAACUGAUGCAAGCGAAAUUGAAAUUAACAGGAUGUUUCCUAAAUGUGAAAAUAAGAAUGCUCAGACUGGGGCAUUGAUAGACUUGUCUUCACCACCAAGCUCCCCAACAUUCACUACAAGGUCAAGCAGUGAUGGUCUCAGUGUAGACAGCUUUGGGUCUGAUGCUACAACAUCAACCAGCCAUCAGAAUAUGAACAAUGGAGGUAAUGCAUCACAAGCUGAAAGUGGUUUUGAGGAUGAUUUUGACUUGUUCUUGCAUUCAAGAAAAACUAUUGGUAGAGAUGAUACAUUUGAUGAUUUUAAUACUGUAGACCCUUUUUCACCAUCACCAGCUUUAAACAAACCUCCAAUAAUGAAAAAGCCUGUUUUAAAUAAAGAUCCAUAUAAUGUAUCAAGUAUUGACCAGAGUAAACCUGUUCCAUUAAAAAGAACCAUAAAGGGACCAACGAUAAUCAGAGCUAAGCCAGCAAGACCUAAACUCCCUGAUAAUUCAGCAUUAUUAAAAAAUACUUUUGGAUCUAGUUUUCCAGUAGCACCAAUGACUAUUAAUACAACUAUACCCAUACAGAAAAUCAAUAAUGGCUUUGGAGACGAUAUUAACACAAAGCCAAUAAUUGGCUGGAACGUGGAGAGAUCUGAGUCAGACCGAGAAUCAUCGCCACCGAUGCCAUGUGUACCGCCCCCACCUCCUCCUGCGAUCGUGGAUGAGGAUCUACCUGUAGAAUGGCGCGAAGACUUAUCAGACUUCACCGUUGACGGCAGCCCUGCAGCGAUGGACGAAGUACCACAUGCUGUUGCACUAUUCGAUUAUUUUACUGACCAUCCAGAAGAUUUGUGUUUUUCGGCAAACACAAGAAUAGAAUUGAUACGCAGAGUGGAUAAGCAAUGGUUGUACGGACGUCUUCGGAGCGGCAUCGAAGGCAUUUUUCCGGCGAACUAUGUAGAGAUUGAAGUUCCGUUGCCGAAUGGUACACCGCCAACGACACCACGAAUUGGUCUCGCCACUGCUCUAUACGACUUUGAGCCAGCUCAGCCCGGCGAUCUUCAAUUCCGAACUGGUGAUACAAUCUGUGUGUCACAUAAACUCAAUGAUGAGUGGUACUACGGGGAAUUUAAUGGUAAAAAAGGACAAUUUCCUUUUAAUUACGUACAAAUGUGUUGAAAUCCAGUAUUACACCUGAUUAUGUUUCGUCAAGCAAAAACAAAUGACGAAUUUGUGAUAGUUUGGUUAGUUAUGUAAAAUAAUAAUUUUAUAGUUAUAUAAUAUACAUGAGGACUGAUGUCUACUAUUAUUCCAAGCCACAAUUUUGUAAAUUUUUAAUAAAAUUCUUCCAUGAGAUAUAGCGGACAUACAAGUUUUUAUUGUUUGUUAGAAAUGAAAUGAAAUCAUGACUUUCUUCUGAUGGCUAGUUCAUUUAAGGGCCCGUUUAGUUCAUUGUGAGGAUUAUGUUAUCAGUUGAAUAAAGCAAUUAAUAUGUUCGCUGUGAGUGGUUCUUUACGGGACGUCUAUUAAUUACGUGAGACGAUUAUGUCAAUUUUUCGACUUCCCUUCUCCUUGUUGAGAUGUCGUGAGAUUUGGGUCAACUUUUCCCUCCUCUCUUAUUGUCACGUGAUAUUUUUCGCGUAUGGCUGACCGGCAGCGGGUAAACAAUUGAGAUUAUUGUGUUAUUUGCUUAAUAAUUACCGCCAUAAAUAAUGGAUAUUAGUGUAGGAUUCAUCCAUAUUUUAGUACAGAAACAAGUUUUACUUAAUUAUGUAAUAUAAUAUUUUAGAUAGUUUCUCGUGAAAACAAAAAACGUAUUUAUAUGCCGAGAGUAACAGAGUUAAGGCGAGAUCUAUCGGAUGUAUUGACUUCUCGCUAAACGCCUGACGUAAUCAAUGGAUGUCCCAAUAGGCGACACUCCUGACAUCUGCCAAUCUUCCUGCGAAUCAUGAAAUUACUUCGCAUUUUGCACUAUUUUUGUUGCCAUAAUAAUGUAAGUGUACAUUAAUUAGCUUUACUAAUACUUCAUCCGCGUCCAGGGCACGCAGUCUGUAGAAUAUUUUUUACACGUGAUAAAAUUACCUGUAAAUUGAAGGAUAAUUUAUUGAAUGACUGAUUGUAAAUAUUAGAGCUUAUGUAAAAUAACGUCCUCAUAGAUAAUAAUUAAUAUAUUGUAGUUUGUAUUGGUUGUGUAAACUAUAUGUGUAUAUACUUAAUAUGAUCUGAUGAUUAAUUGUAGGGCUGCGUAGAUAAUUAUUAUUGUAAAUUUUAUUUCUAAACCAAAUUAAUAUAGUAGGUAUCCGUAUUUUGUGAAACAAAAUGUGGUUUAUCGAACUUUAGUAGAAUUGAAGGUACCAAAUGUUAUUUUACAGUAGAUAGUUCUGGCGUAGUAGAGAUUUACUUUCAUCGCUUUUAUUUGUUAUGAAUGCGAUCAACUCUUUGUCUAGCUAUUGUACCUAUUUCAUUAUCUCAUUAUAUUGAAUAGUCAUUAGCAUAUGACAUUAACCAAAUCAAUGACGAAUCAUAUUUUAUUUACGCUUUAUAAUAAUUUUCUAUAUUUUUAUUGUUAACUCAAUUCUUGUCAAUAAGCCUGUAUUUUGGAGGGACCAUAAUAUUAAGUGCCUUAAGUAUUUUGUGUAUAUGGUGAAUUUAUUUAU